AUGACGCGGUGCGAAGCCCUCGCCCGGUUUGGCCAGAAGCUGGUGCGCAGGCGGCCCCUGGAGUGGAAGGAGGGGUCCGGAGGCGGCCUGGCCCGGUGCCUGAGCACCCUGGACCUGGUGGCCCUGGGGGUGGGCAGCACCCUGGGGGCGGGCGUGUACGUCCUGGCCGGGGAGGUGGCCAGGGACCAGGCGGGCCCGGCCAUCGUGCUGUGCUUCCUGGUGGCCGCCGUGACCUCCGUGCUGUCCGGGCUGUGCUACGCCGAGUUUGGGGCCCGGGUGCCCUGCUCGGGGUCCGCCUACCUCUACAGCUACGUCACCGUGGGGCAGCUGUGCGCCUUCGUCACCGGCUGGAACCUCAUCCUCUCCUAUGUCAUCGGGAGCGCCAGUGUGGCCCGGGCCUGGAGCGCCACCAUCGACAGCCUGACCGGGCAGCACAUGUCGCGGGCGCUGCAGGAGAGCGUGCCCCUGCGUGUGCCCCUCCUGGCCAGCUCCCUGGACUUCUUCGCGCUGGGCCUGGUGCUGCUGCUCACGGGUGUCCUGGUCUUGGGAGCCCGGGAGUCGGCGCUGGUGACCAAGAUAUUCACGGGCGUGAACCUCCUGGUGCUCGGCUUCAUCAUCCUCUCCGGCUUCAUCACGGGGCGCCUGCACCACUGGCAGCUCACGGAGCAGGACUAUGAGCUGAUCCAGUCCGAGUCCAACGGCACCGUGAGCCUGGGCCCGCUGGGCGCCGGGGGGUUCGUGCCUUUUGGCUUCCAGGGGGUUCUCCGCGGGGCAGCCACCUGCUUCUACGCCUUCGUGGGUUUCGACUGCAUCGCCACCGCAGGGGAAGAGGCCCUGGACCCCCAGCGCGCCAUCCCACUGGGCACCGUGGCCUCGCUCUCCGUCUGCUUCCUCGCGUACUGCGGGGUGUCGGCCGCCCUCACCCUCAUGGUGCCCUACUUCCAGCUCAGCCCCCGCAGCCCCCUGCCGGACGCCUUCCUGCACGUGGGCUGGCCCUGGGCCCGCUACCUGGUGGCCGCCGGCACCCUCUGCGCCCUCUCGUCCAGCCUGCUGGGCGCCAUGUUCCCCAUGCCCCGGGUGAUCCUGGCCAUGGCGGAGGACGGACUCCUGUUCAGGGCACUGGCCCGGAUCCACCCCCGGACUCACACCCCCAUCGUGGCCACCGUAGUGUCUGGGAUCCUUGCAGCCCUCAUGGCCUUCCUCUUCGAGCUCAACAACCUGGUGGACCUCAUGUCCAUCGGGACCCUGCUGGCCUACUCCCUGGUGGCCUUCUCCGUGCUGGUUCUCAGGUACCAGCCGGACCAGCACCCGAGCGAGAAGGAGAAGCCGGGGGCGGAGAUGACGGAGCUGCAGCGCGGGCCGGGCGCCGGCUCCCGGGGGCCGGAGCCGGGGGCGGGCGCCCUGCGAGGCCUGUGGAGCCCCGGGAGCGCCGGCCCCACCCCGCGGUCCGGCCGCGCCGCCUACAGCUGCGCCCUGGCGCUGGCCAUGCUGCUGGCCGCCCUGAGCCUGGUCCUGGCCCAGUGGCCCGGCCGCCUGGCCGCCGGGGACCCCCUGGCCGCCGCCGUGACGGGGCUGCUGCUGCUGCUGGCGCUGGGCCUCACGGCCGUGCUCUGGAGGCAGCCCCAGAGCCCCGCUGCUCUGCGCUUCAAGGUGCCCUUGCUGCCCGCGCUGCCCCUCGCCAGCAUCUUCGUGAACCUGUACCUGAUGCUGCAGAUGCCCGCCCGCACCUGGGCCCAGUUCGGCGUCUGGAUGGCGAUGGGCGCCGCCAUCUACUUCGGCUACGGGAUCCGGAGCAGCGCGGAGGCCGCCCCCGCGCAGACCCGGCUCUAA